AUGGCUGCCAGCACUAACGAUGGGCACAGUGCCUUUGUAAAUUUGGCAUAUGUACCGUCACGUCAUGCAUCGACCACAUCGAUUCCUGGUGAAUAUCGUAAAUCAUUGGAUGGUGACGAGGAACGUGCCGGAUCGGUUAGAAGUACAAUAAAAAUUGAAACGAAACCGGAAAUCGGAGGUGGUGGCGAUCUUAAUGGCAAUCAUCUUCCAACACAAAAUGACGGAGCAGAGCUUACCAAAACACCUCAAAGAGCUAAUUGGGGUAAUGACAUUGAAUUUCUAAUGUCCUGUAUAGCUUUAUCUGUGGGCCUUGGCAAUGUUUGGCGAUUUCCGUUUACGGCUCUGGACAAUGGUGGUGGAGCUUUUGUGAUACCUUAUAUUAUAGUAUUAUUUUUAGUCGGCAAGCCGGUGUAUUAUAUGGAAAUGUUGCUGGGCCAAUUUUCCAGCCGAGGGUGUGUAAAGGUCUUUGAUUUUGCACCUAUUAUGAGAGGUGUGGGCUAUGGUCAGGUCUUUGGUACUGGCAUUGUUACGACUUAUUAUGCUACCCUCAUGGCUAUAACAUUACGUUAUUUUAUUGAUUCCUUUUAUCCCAUUCUGCCCUGGAGUCAUUGUCGCGAAGAAUGGGGUGAUGGCUGUUUUGAUUCGAAACCACCAUCGGAGAAUUCAAUGGGGAACAUGACAAUGUUAGAUGAGGCUAAAAAAUCGUCAGCGGAAUUUUAUUUUAUAAAUGUAAUAUUACGCGAAAAGAGUACAAUAGAUGAUGGCAUUGGCUAUCCAAGUUGGAGUCUGUCUCUAACCUUGGCAGUUUCUUGGCUGGUAAUAGCUUUAAUUACAAUUAAAGGUGUCAAAAGUUCCGGUAAGGCUUCAUACUUUCUUGCCUUAUUCCCAUAUUGUAUUAUGGCUAUAUUGCUGGUGAGGUCACUCACACUGCCCGGAGCGUUUAAUGGAGUAUUAUAUUUUUUGAAACCUCAAUGGGAUAAAUUAUUGGAUCCUAAAGUAUGGUAUGCUGCCGUUACCCAAGUGUUCUUCUCAUUGGCCAUUUGUUUUGGCAAUAUCAUUAUGUAUGCAUCAUUCAAUCGUUUCGGACAUAAUAUAAAGAGAGACUGCAACAUCAUCACUACCCUAGAUACCUUCACAUCAAUGCUCUCUGGUAUUAUAAUUUUCGGAAUAUUGGGAAAUUUGGCCCAUGAAUCUGGCACAACGGAUAUUAAAAGUGUGGUGCAAGGUGGCCCAGGAUUGGCUUUCAUUUCAUAUCCCGAUGCAAUAGCAAAGUUUAAAUUUGUUCCUCAGAUUUUUUCAGUAUUAUUUUUCUUGAUGUUAUUUGUUUUGGGCAUUGGCAGUAAUGUCGGCAUGGCUUCGUGUAUUAUGACUGUGAUCAAGGAUCGUUUUACGAAUACCAAGAAUUGGAUAAUUGUCGUGGGCAUAUCGAUUGCUUUGUAUGCUUGUGGUUUGUUAUAUAUAACUCCCGGGGGACAAUAUAUCCUAACUCUGUUGGAUUUUCAUGGAGCCUCUUUGGUGGCCUUGGUAUUGGCCAUAUUUGAAUUAAUAGCUGUGGGAUGGAUUUAUGGUGUCAAACGUCUUUGCAAAGAUAUCUAUUUUAUGUUGGGCAUUAAAACCUCCUGGUAUUAUCGCAUAUGUUGGAGCAUUAUAACGCCCGCCGUAAUGACGGCCAUUUUAAUUUAUAUGCUGGUGGAUUACAAACCUGUGGAAUACAAUGGUUAUACUUUUCAAACUGGAGUUUACAUUUUCGGUUGGUGUCUAUCCGCCUUUGGCAUUGGCCAAUUAAUUGUGUGGGCCAUUUAUGGUGUUCAUCGACGAACUGGUGCUACCUUAUGGGAACGUAUCUCGAACUCAUUUAAACCAAAAUUAGAUUGGGGUCCUUUGGAUCCAUUCGCGCUGAAAAACUACAAAAAAUAUUUAGAUGACAUGAAGGCCGAUGAAAUGUUCAGACCAAAUGGUUUUUGGUAUAGAAUUUAUGAUAAUAUUUUUGGUUAA